CAAGCAGUGGCUCUAUGAAAGCCAGUUUCUGUCUUUGCGAUUUUUCCCUGUGCCCCUCCUCGUAAGGACCAAGAAGGAUUCGUGGAGAAUAUUUGGAAAGAAGAAAGGAUGUCAUCAAAGAGAGUCAUGGGUUUCAAAGUUUUCUUUGUUGUGCUUUUCUUGACGUUAAUGUUAGUGCAAUAUUCACAAGGAAAAAAACACCACGAAAAGCAGCAGCAGCAGCAGCAACAACAAGAAGAAGAAGAAGAAGAUCAACAGCAGCAACAAAAUCAACAACAACAAGAUCAGCAGAAGCAACAAGAUCAACAGCAGGAACAACAAGAUCAACAGCAGCAGCAACAAGAUCAGCAACAACAAGAUCAACAGCAGCAGCAACAAAAUCAGCAACAACAAGAUCAACAGCAGCAGCAACAAAAUCAGCAACAACAAGAUCAACAGCAGCAGCAACAAAAUCAGCAACAACAAGAUCAACAGCAGCAGCAACAAAAUCAGCAACAACAAGAUCAACAGCAGCAGCAACAACGAGGAGUCACUUACGAUGGAAGGUCUCUCAUUAUCAAUGGCAAGAGAGAGCUCCUCUUCUCUGGUUCCAUCCAUUAUCCUCGAAGUACUCCCGAUAUGUGGCCUGAUUUGAUUGCUAAAGCCAAACAUGGGGGAAUCAAUCUGAUUCAAACCUAUGUAUUUUGGAACAUCCAUGAACCAGUACAAGGCCAGUUUCAGUUUGGAGGAAGGUAUGAUGUGAUCAAGUUCAUCAAGGAAAUCCAACGGCAGGGCCUGUAUGUCACUCUCAGGAUUGGACCAUUCGUUGAGGCUGAAUGGAAUUACGGAGGAUUCCCCUACUGGUUAAGAGAGGUGGAGGGCAUAAUUUUCCGAUCUGACAAUGCGCCAUUCAAGUUUCACAUGAAAAAAUUUUCAAAGAUGAUAGUGAAGAUGAUGAAGAAGGAGAAUCUAUUUGCGUCUCAAGGAGGACCCAUAGUUCUAGCGCAGAUUGAGAAUGAGUACGACAACGUGAAAUUGGCAUAUCGCCAAAGUGGCAUCGACUACGUGCAGUGGGCCGGGAAGAUGGCCGUCAGUCUCGGCACCGGGGUGCCCUGGAUUAUGUGCAAGGAAAAGGAUGCCCCUGAUCCUGUUAUCAACACCUGCAACGGGAGGAACUGUGGCGACACAUUUUCAGGUCCUAACACGCCAAACAAGCCGGCAUUGUGGACAGAGAAUUGGACUGCUCAGUAUCGAGUGUUUGGUGACCCUCCAUCACAAAGAUCAGCUGAAGACCUUGCCUUCUCUGUGGCUCGCUUCUUCUCCAAAAAUGGCACGCACAUUAACUACUACAUGUAUCACGGAGGGACCAACUUUGGGAGGACUGCUUCCUCAUUUGUUACCACAUGCUACUAUGAUGAGGCACCCCUAGAUGAGUAUGGUCUUGUAAAGGGCCCAAAAUGGGGUCAUCUAAGAGACCUUCAUUCUGCUCUGAGGCUCUGCAGGAAGGCCUUGCUAUGGGGAUCCCCUUCUGUCAUUUCUCUGGGUGAUGAGCUCGAGGCACGUGUCUAUGAAACAUCAGGCAGUAAAGUGUGCUCUGCUUUUCUUAUAAACAACCAUACAAGAGAGGCAGCGACUCUCAGCUUCAGGGGCCGCGCCUAUUACAUGCCACCACACUCGAUCAGUAUUCUUCCAGAUUGUAAUACUGUUGUCUUUAAUACUGCAAAGGUAAAUGCUCAACACAACUCAAGGAUAUACAAAGUAUCAGUGAAGGCUAGUAAGAAUAAGCAAUGGGAAAUGUUUCAAGAGGAUAUCCCAGAGAUAGAAGAAGUCAGCAUUACAUCAACUACCUUCUUGGAACACUUAAACAUGACAAAGGAUACGACAGAUUACAUGUGGCAUACAACAUACUUUGAUGUAGGUUACAAUGAUUUGCCUACAAGGAGUGACAUCAGGCCCGUUCUGCAGAUUGCCUCCCUGGGCCAUGCAUUGCACGCAUUUAUCAAUGAUAGAUAUAUAGGAACUGGUCAUGGUACAAACGUAGAUAAGACCUUUUCUUUUGCUAAACCGGCACCUUUACAGCGUGGAAGGAACAAGAUAUCUAUACUUGGCAUGACAGUUGGAUUACCAGAUAAUGGUGCAUACUUGGAGCACAGAGUUGCAGGUCUGAAUCUUGUGACAAUCCAAGGUUUGAAUAGUGGAGCCCAGUAUCUUACUCAGUCUCGUUGGGGAUAUCAGGUCGGAUUAAACGGAGAAAAACUUAAGAUCUAUGAUCCCAAGAAAACUGACAGCGUCCACUGGUCAGAUGCUGGGAAUCAUAUUAAUCAGCCAGUCACUUGGUACAAGAAAUAUUUUGAUGCACCAAGUGGAAGAGACCCUGUUGCUUUGAAUCUAACAUCCAUGGGCAAAGGCCAAGCUUGGAUCAAUGGCGAAAACAUCGGCCGUUAUUGGGCUUCUUACCUCAGUCCUCUGGGCAAGCCUACUCAGUCACUUUACCAUAUACCCAGGUCCUUCCUCAAGCCAACUGGGAACCUUCUUGUGCUUUUUGAGGAAACAGGUGGUGAUCCAUAUAAGAUAACGGUGGAAACAGUUGCCAGAGAGAUCAUCUGCAGCUUUGUCUCCGAAGGCCAUCCACCACAUGUCAGAUCAUGGGAGAGGAAAGAAGCACAGAUCCGAGCAAUAGCCACUGAGGAUCUGAAGCCUAUGGUCAAUCUAAAAUGCGACAACCACAAAAUCAUACAAUCCAUAGAGUUCGUAAGUUUUGGAAAUCCUUUAGGAAUCUGUGGCAACUUCACACUUGGCGAUUGCGAUGCUCCCUCAGCAAGGUCGGUGGUUGAGAAGGCUUGCUUAGGGAAGACGGCGUGUAAUAUUCCAACUCUGAUGGACACCUUUGGCAAAGAUCCAUGCCCAGGAAAUACCAAGACCUUAGCAAUACAAGCAAAGUGUGGUUCAAGAAGUUUCAGUGCAUAAGCCGCCGAUGCCUAGAAUACUGAAGUGAGUGAAUGCAAGCAUUAGCCAAAGAUUCCUCAGCCUCAGUGCCCCAAUUUUUUAAGAGUAUUCAGUUAAAGUAGACAUCUUUUGUGGCUAAACCUGCCUAAACCUAAUCUCUCUCAGUUUUAUGCUUAGUAUUUAGAGAGUGGGCAGCACCUUCAGGGUGUAUUUUUUGUUUUUUUUUUUUUCCACAACAGCAGUGAAGAUAUAUUCUGCAGCCACAACUACAUGCCCCUCAUGAGACGCAAUAAGCGUCGGCCCAUUAUAGUUUUAAGAUCUAUCACCACCUAGCAUCCAUUUAUCUUAGCUCAUCAGUUCUGUUGUGUUCCUUUUCAGCCAGUGAGCAAUAUAAUUCAUGAGCCGCUGUUAACUCUCUC